AUGACGGAGGAAAGAAGUAACACGACUCUUGACUUCCCGUGUAACCUUGAGACUUACGCGUAUGAGGCGUUAACGGAUGUUGGUGAUGCCGAGUCAUCUGAACGAUUGUAUCGAGUAAUACCCGCAGAAACUUUUCUCGAGGUUUUCGCAUCUGAUCGAUCGCACAUGAUAAAUCCAGACGACGGAACUUGGGUGUCACCGCCGCCUUCGUAUCCGCCUAUUUCAUCGAAAAGUACACGCAUGAAUCUUCCUUUCUUUAUUGACAUGACAGAGAACAAGGACUCUAGAGAAUACGGAAAAGUGUUUCACGAGAAAGAGUUUAUCGAGUAUUUUACAUCAAAGCAAUAA